AAAAUAGCUAAGUUGGCAACAGUGACCGGCUCGCAACAGCUAUUUUUUCCUCUAAAAAGUUGACAACACUGCAGUCAAGAAUCUAUGAUCGGUUUUUUCUCCACCACUCUCGUUCCAGUGUUCUGAUCAGUGUAAAAUAUGGCCAACAUUACUAAACUGUUUACUGUGCGUGCACACUCUCUGCUCCAGGCUGCCGCCCGUCAGCCCCAAGUGGCCACCCGUUUCAGCAGUAGCUCUGGCAGCAACUGGGAAUUCAUUAAGACCGAAGUGACUGGAGAGAAGCAAAAUGUCGCUGUUAUCACUCUGAACCGUCCCAAGGCAUUGAAUGCCCUUUGCAAUGGCCUGAUGAUGGAGCUGUCCACCGCACUGAAGAACUUUGGCAAGGAUAAGAAUAUUGCCGCCAUUGUGCUGACUGGCAGCGAGAAGGCGUUUGCCGCUGGCGCUGAUAUCAAGGAGAUGGCACCCAACACAUACUCCCAGUGCAUUCAGGGCAACUUCUUGAACGAUUGGACCGAGGUGGCCCGCACCCAGAAACCCAUCAUUGCAGCCGUCAAUGGUUAUGCUCUUGGCGGUGGCUGCGAGUUGGCCAUGAUGUGCGACAUUAUCUAUGCGGGUGAUAAGGCCAAGUUUGGUCAGCCAGAGAUUGCAUUGGGCACCAUUCCCGGAGCUGGUGGCACCCAACGCUUGACCCGUGUGGUCGGCAAGUCCAAGGCAAUGGAAAUGUGCCUCACCGGCAACAUGAUCAAUGCCCAAGAGGCUGAGAAGGUUGGUCUGGUCAGUAAGGUCAUUCCAGCUGAUCAACUGCUCGGCGAGGCUGUCAAGUUAGGCGAGAAGAUCGGCACCCAUUCCAAUCUGAUUGUGCAGCUGUGCAAGGAGUCUGUCAACACCGCAUAUGAGACCACAUUGCAGGAGGGCCUCAAGUUUGAGCGUCGCACUUUCCACGCCACUUUCUCCACCGCUGAUCGCAAGGAGGGCAUGCAGGCAUUUGUGGAUAAACGUCCUGCAAAGUUCACUAAUGAAUAAAUUCAUAUUAACGAGAAUUAAAACAUUUCUCAUCCAGCAUUGCAUUUAUAUUUUCUAUCCCUGUUAUUGGUACGCAAAUAAAACCCGUUGAAUAAUCUUUAAAAUUCAAA